AUGCGGGAGUUAAGAGUCUUGCAAGGACCGGUCAACGCAUAUCUGGUAAAAAAUCACCCAUGUUGCCAAGAGCCGAACGAAAAUCUGACGCUGGCGUUGAUGAUAGACGCAUUCGAGAUCUACGGCCACGACCCCACAGAUAAGUUAGAUCACCUGGCUCACUAUCAGAUAGAGAUGAUGAAGAUAAAGAAGGCACCAGACCAGUAUAUUAUAAAUGAACGUGUACAUAUUGCAACAGACCAUUUGGCAAGAUUCAUUCAUAUGCAUAUAAAGGAGCUGAAGGUACUCCUAAUAGCCUUGGAAGAUACAAUCGAUAAUAUGCUUACCAUGUAUGACAAUCACAACGCAAUAAAGACGGAGAGGGUAGCCACAUACAACUCCCAAGCUGGUGGAGCUGUACCUUCCGAGUUUUAUCUGAGCCAAGAAUAUUAUUGCGGUAAGAACGUGUACAUAUUCUUAUCGGAGCUGUACAGUGAUAUUUAUCAAAUGGGACGAGGACCAGCCCCCUACUGCAAGGAUAGGGGGUUCCACUUCCUUGGGUUCGUUCAUUUUAUGGAUGAAAAGCGAUAUUACUUGGAGGAGGACCCCACUAUCGUCUUUCAAAUAGACAAUUAUAUACACGGGCUGGAAUGUCACCUCGGCAUCUGCAUUUUUAGCUCCUUGACUGCAUUUGUCUCUAAUGUAACAUUUGGAGACGUUACAAGUUGUCUCAAGUGCUAG